UCAGAAUUUCAACGUAGCACAAUUUCUUACUUUUCGUCUCUAAGUUGAAAUAUCACGUUGUUUAACUUAAAUUUAAUACAUUAGGGAAAUGGCAUCAAUAGAAGAGAGUUGGACAGAAGCAACUGAUGGUUUGGACAGUGGUGUCUGUGAUACAUGGUUCACAAAACUGCAAGAAGCUUAUUCAGAAGAGAAACGUACUUAUCAUAAUCUAGAUUCUCUUCAUAAUAAAUUAAACUGUUAUUAUGAAAUUAAGGAUAAUUUAAAGAAUCCACAAGCUGUACUUCUUGCCCUAUUCUUUCAGAACUUUGAAUAUGAUCCCAAAGCUUUAGAUGGUGAAAACAAGAGUUUGGAGCAUUUCAAUGCAUUCGCAGAUGAAGCAGAAAUUCCAGCUGAUGCAGAAUUAAGGGAAGAAACUUGUGAACUUUUGAAAGUAGCUGCAACACAUAGUACUGAUGCACAUAAAAUUGGUGGUGCCUUUGGGGGUGAAGAUGCUCAUUACUUUUUAGAUUUGGAUAUGGCUAUGCUAGGUUCUUCUCCAGAAAGUUAUGCAGAAUAUAGAGAAAAAAUACGUGGAGAAUACAGUUUUCUUAGCGAACCAAUGUAUACUGCAUUGCGUUUAAAGGUAUUGCAGAAUUUUGUGCAAAUUCCAAAUAUUUUUGCCACAAAGGAAUUUCGAGACAAAUAUGAAGAGCAAGCACGACAAAAUAUUCAAAGUGAAGUUGAAUUGUUAUCUUAG